UUGAAGUUUUUUGGCAACCCUGCCAAAAUGUUGGCGGCGGCUCCUCAAUCGGUCGGUCGUCUAAUUACUCGGCUCCGGCCGGGGGGGGGGGUGCGCGCGCGGGCGUCCAUGUGCGUCACAUCGGUCACCAGUCGCGUCCAUUUUGCCCUUCUUUCUAGCAAGAGCGAGCAAAAAUCGCCAGCGCAAACGAACCGCUAGCGAAAAUGGCGCAAGACAACGCCACGACGACGGUGGCAAGGGGUUCUUUUCCGCGAGCGCGAAAGAAAUGGCGGCGUGCUUUAUGAGAAUUUUAAAAAUAAAAUUCAUUCAUAAAAGCGUCGAACCGGCUGACAAAUCGAAUGAACUGUAAGCGUCGAGGUAGUGUGGUUGUGCUGCGCUGGUGGUCGUCCGUCGCUAUUAGGUCAGUCAGGGUGCGGAUUAUUUCGAAAUCGAACCCCUCGGGAUCUGCCGUUCUUGCAGAAAGCAGCAGCGUGCGUUCGGACACAAACCGAUCGGCUUCAAAUCUUCGCUACCAUUCAAAUUCAAUCCAAUGACAACACCGUGCACGCGGCAGCUCUAGUUCAUGGCUCAACCCGAACCCAUAACCGUACCGAACGUGGCGUGUGGAAUGCGUAGGUAAUAGCGGAUGGUAGUAGGACCAGAGUACAAGCGACACUGCGGGCAACAGACAAAGCAGGAGGGCAGACAGGUCGCAAAAUGGGAUCGGGACGAGCACGCGAUCAAACCUCAGGCGGACCCAGAGACAAAAGCAUAGUUUAAAACUCAAGAUUUCGAGUAGGAUUUAAUUUCCAGUAUUAUCUAGUCGUGCAUUAUAGCGUUGUAAAAACAAAGGCAAACAUCGUGGCAAAAACGGCCCGGGAACGGAAAAAUAGUGUGGGGAGUAACGCACACAUUGCUGUCGAAAUCAAGAAGGUCGGAAACGGUGGGACAUGGUGUAAGAAUGAAAUUUUAGCAUUAAAGAGCGGCAGGCGCAUGAUUAGAGCAUGCGCACGCAUAUGUUAACAUUUGUAUUUACAAACCGGAAUCCGGAAACAACACACUCCUUGGAACACACACGAAGAAGGAGAUAGAGAAAGAGAGAUUCCUUUAUUUUGUGCAUUGCGGUGGGAGUCACUAUCCCUUCUUCUUACGCGGGUCAGCAGCAGCAGUGAGCGACGCGUUGCGAACGAUUAUGUUUAAAAUAUUAUCCUAUAGUAAGCGUGGUGUACACAAAUAAUAGUCUCGCGGAGCUGGCAUUAGCGGAUCGGGUUCCGCUCGAUGAGAUCCACGUGGAAAAAACGAAGGAUUCAAAGGGUGGAUGAAUGUGGAAAGAGGGAAAAAGUUGAAGAACAAUUGUAGUGUAUAGUAGUGCUAAGAGAGAAGAGAACAAAUAAAUUAUUUAGCUAACAAGCAAACACAAUGAUAACGAUGAGCGAAUCAAGAUGAGACAAAAGAAAAGAAAACACGAAGACCAUAAAAAAACAACAACACACAUGCACUGAACAGACAAAUUAAUCCAGACCAGAGGACAUAUUUAUAGAAAGAAAUGGAAUCAAUUGGGCUGCUUGAUUGGUGUACGAGUACCAGAGAAAUGGAAACGCACUGGCUACAAGACACAUGUUAAAUAAUUCUUUGCGACCCGUGUAUGAACCACAAGAAUAUAUCUGUUUCCGGAUACACGCCUACUGAGCCGCUUUCUCGACGGGACACUUCCUCUCAUGCCUUGUUACGCUCACUUGGCAAACGUUUCGUUUCUUCCUUUCUUCUUCUACAUCCCAUAAACCAUCUUAUUGUCUUUAUUUUUUCUCGCUUUUCUUCUUUGUUUUUCGAAUGGGGGGCUAGUGGUACCCACUGUUUUACUGUUACACAUGCUUCCAAAAUGCAUCCAGUGUCCGAAACCUGUAACCUUACACCGCAUCGACGGAGGGCUGGUAGAGAAGGAAGCUUGCUUGCUAGACAUUCAACAAGAGUUCGAACCAGCUAGACAAACAUUUUGGGCCUUCUCUUUAAAAUUAGAUGUAGUCAGUAGUUAAGCAACAGACCGGAAAGGCAAUUUAAGAAUAAAAGAAUAAAAAAGAAAUUCUUAUCACCCGAACAAAUUAUGCGGGAUCUGGCUGAAAAAUACGGAUACCUGAUAGAGGAUGCAACUUAAUUGAACUGAGUACUAGCAAAAACGGGAGUCUGUUCCUUGUUUUCAUCACCUGAUAAAUGGAUAGCAAGCAGAGUAUAAAUGAUUUUAAAAUGAUGUUAAAAAAAACUGAAUUGGAAACAACCAAAAUUGUUAAGUGUUUGCGUAGAUAGGGAUGCCUGGAAACAUAUGGGAAUGCAAGCGAGGGGAAUAAUAGGUAACUAUAUUCCGUUUCCUUUUUGAAAUUAUUUACAAACCAAUUGGCAAAACAUUAGAUAAGAGCAGCGGUACAAGGACUGGACGAGGUCACAAAACUAAUGACGUGAAAUGGUAGGGAAAAAAUAAACCGUUCCACCUGUACAACACGUGGCGAAAGAUGCACUAAUAGAUAUAAAUAUUCGUUAAAAGUCAACUGAAAUGGUCCUAACUGAAAAAAACUGCAAUUAGCAAAAAAAAAACAGAAAACAAUAUAAAAUCAUUCUUACACAACACUACCGGC